GAAGGGACGGGCACCAGUCAAGUCGUUCGCGUCGUUUUCAAACUGUUGUUUUGUGUUGUUAGCCAAAUUUGUAAAAGAAAACAACUACAGUUUCACCCUUAACAAGGUCUCUGUGUCGAUGGUACGCACAAAGCAAACACAACAUGCCAGGCAUUCACCACAGGACAGUAAUGGAUCUUCCAACUCAUCAGUAUCGUAUGACUACAGAUCUUCUAAGCAUAAACAGAAAAAUAUUACAGGAAAACAAAAGGCGCAAAUGUCUAGACUUACUCUGAUCAAAAGAAAGUCCACUGGAAAUUCUUCUUCGGCUAAAAAACCACAUCGAUACCGACCAGGGACAAGAGCUCUGAUGGAAAUACGGCGGUUCCAAAGUACAACUAGUCUACUGAUGAGGAAGUUGCCAUUCGCCAGAGUGGUCAGAGAGAUCGCAUUAGCCCUUAGUCAUGGUGGCAUUGGAUGGAGAUGGGAAGUAAAUGCUAUACGGGCAUUACAAGAGGCAGCAGAAGCCUAUCUUGUGCAUCUAUUUGAGGAUACCAAUCUUUGCUGUAUCCAUGCCAACCGGGUAACUAUAAUGCCAAAAGAUAUGCAGCUGGCUCGUCGAAUUCGAGGGCAUGAAAAUAUGAUGUAUUGAUCAUCACUAACCAGUGGAAAUGCAUAAACUAAAUGCUUUAGUGUAACUGUAUUGAACCAGGAAAAUUAUGGUUUCUUACUCAUGUCGUAUGGAAUGAUUUUGGGCUGGAGUUGUGUAGUACCCUGUAUAAUAUUAGUGAAUGAAUUACUGUACUGUUUAACACAACUGUUUACCCUCCUCUGGUUGACUGGACCAGCCACCAAAGAUUCACAAAGCCACCGUCCAACGGGUACCUGUCACUUGUCUUGUUUACUCCUCACGCUAGAUAGAGACAAUAAAUGUCGAACUAUUGUAGUUUGGUGCACUAAGAUAUGAAUACCGAUUUGAUAAAAAUUUGCCAGUUGCAUCAUCUUGCUUUUAUAUGCACACUCAGGCAAAUUAAUGUUACAUCAGAGAUCUGCAAAUUUUGCAUAACUUACUGUGCUGAACUUUUUUUAAUAUCGUUUUUAGAAUAAAACAUUUUUUUAUCAUUACAA